AAAAGGAAAAAACCUUUCUUCGCCUUAUCUUCUUCUUCCCUCUCAACUCAAAAACCAUGGAAGAAGACAGAGCGAUUCUCACAUUUCACCGUAUCCCUUCCCUCAAUUCCUCUCUACUAACCUCUUCCCCGUCUAAAUCCGGCACCGUACAUUUCCGCCGCCGUGUCUGUCACAGCUCCGCUCGCGGAGAUGCCGGUUUCGGUAAAUUCGCGUGCAUUUCAAUGGUGGAGAAGUGCGAACAGAGAGAAUUCGCUCCGACUAUGGCUCAGCUCUUGAACAAUCCUCUUGCUAUACUUGCUCUUGUCCCCAAAGAUGCCGCAAUCUUCGCCGCUGGUGCUAUUGCCGGAGCCGCCGCUAAAACUGUUACUGCUCCUCUUGACCGCAUCAAGCUUCUUAUGCAGACACAAGGUAUAAGACUUGGACAACAGAGUGCAAAGAAGGCUAUAGGAUUUAUCGAGGCAAUCACUAUGAUAGCUAAAGAUGAAGGAAUGAAAGGUUACUGGAAGGGAAAUUUACCUCAGGUUAUAAGAGUGUUACCUUACAGCGCGGUCCAGCUUUUGGCUUACGAGAGUUACAAGAACUUGUUCAAAGGUAAAGAUGAUCAGCUCUCCGUAAUUGGAAGACUUGCAGCGGGUGCUUGUGCUGGCAUGACAUCUACUUUGUUGACAUACCCACUAGAUGUUUUGAGAUUGAGGUUGGCGGUUGAACCUGGAUACCGAACAAUGUCUCAGGUUGCUCUGAGUAUGAUCCGUGAUGAAGGGAUUGCAUCUUUCUAUUACGGUCUAGGACCUUCUUUAGUAGGGAUAGCUCCAUACAUUGCUGUAAACUUCUGCAUUUUCGAUCUGGUGAAGAAGUCUUUACCGGAGGAAUAUAGCCAGAAGGCACAAUCUUCUCUAUUGACAGCUGUUCUAUCAGCUGGUAUAGCAACACUGACAUGUUACCCUCUAGACACUGUGAGGCGACAAAUGCAAAUGAGAGGAACUCCAUACAAGUCAAUUCCAGAAGCAUUUGCUGGAAUCAUAGACCGUGAUGGGCUUAUAGGCUUGUACCGCGGCUUUUUACCCAAUGCAUUAAAAACCCUUCCAAACAGCAGCAUUAGGCUCACAACCUUCGACAUGGUAAAACGCCUUAUCGCCACAAGUGAGAAGCAGCUUCAAAAGAUCACUGAUGAUAAUCGGAGUCGAGACCAAGCUCAAUAACCAUUUUUGGAAUAUAAUUGUUUCACAAUAAAAUUUUGGAACCGCUAGGAUAUCUAUGUUUUACUUUUCAUUGAGAAGGUUUAAUUUCAUUAGAGCGAAACAAAGUUUGGUGAUUCACUUUACUAGUUCAUGUUUAGGAAACGAUAUGUAUAUCCGGCAAAAUUCCAUCGGAAAUUCAUUACUAUUUCAACCA